CCAGAGCACAGCACAGAGCCCCAGAGCAUCAAGCCCUUCAGCCUCAGACACAGCCUCAGCCAGAGCCUGUCCAGUGUGCUGCACUAGUCCUGAGACCCACCAGCUCAGUGAAGUAGUCCAGCCACCAGAGUCAGCAUAACUCACACAGAACUAGGAUAAUUACUUUACUAUCCUAGUUCUACUAUCCUAGUUCUACUAUCCUAGUUCUAAUGUUCUAGUUCUACUGUUCUAGUCAUGUACAAGGCUCAGUCUGUGAACUAGUCCAGGGCUGGUUGAUAUUUACUCUGUGAAGGUUCUCCAGUACUGUAGUCCAGUAGCUCACCUUAGUCCUCCUCUUAGUCCUGGACUGAGAUUAUAAAGUCUUCAGUCAACUGCAUCCAGUGAGAGCCACCAGCCAGUCCUUUGCACCUGAGACCGCUGCAGAUCACUUACCACCAUGCAGCUCUCACACACCUUCCUCGUCUUCCUCUUCCUCCUUUUCAUCGUUGGGAUUGCGCUGGCCGGCUCGUCCACGGCUCGGAGAAGCAGAGUGAGACGUCAGAACAUGAAGGUCAGGAUCAACGCUACAGGCGACACCAUCGUGAUGAAGUUUGUACGUCCGAACGCUGACACCAAGCUGGAGGGCUACAUCCUGGGCUACGGCAGCAGCAUGUUCUCUAAACAGUUCAUCCAACUCCCAGAGAACGGACUGCCCUACGAGACAGAGAUCGAUGCCGAGCCCAAGUACCUGAUCGCUGUCCAGCCCAUCCCAGUCAAUGAUGUGAAGAAACAGUGCACAGGCAACGUGAACCUGGAGAAGCCCCUCCACCUGGUGAUUGGGUCCGUGACCCCCACCUCCGUGCUGCUUUCCUGGGGAACCCUCCUUAAGACGCCCUACGAGGGGAACGUCAUGAACGACUGCCUGGAGGACGGGAACUACACGGUGCGCUACCGUGAGAGGAACCGGAAGUGGACCUACCAGACGUGCCCCGCAAGCGACACGGUCAUUGACAGCCUUAAGCCCAACACGGCCUAUGAGUUUGGUGUCCGACCCAACAACAAGGAACGCAGCGGAGUAUGGAGCAAACCAGUCAUUCACAACACCAACAUGAGCGGGAAGGCCAUGCAGAAACCCUACAAACCAAGGACACCUCUGAAGCCUGUGAAAACGGUCAACAUGCCACGGGCCUUCUUCCCUCCUCGUCACGCUGUCCAUAACAGGAGCCAGGGCAGAACCCUCUUCAGGACCCCUGUAGCUCCAAGGACCACCUUCGCGCCAACCUCGGCCAAUAGACAGCACUUCGUGUCCACUCCCCGACCCACAAUGCCUCAGGUGCAGCACGAGCCAACUGGACGAGCAGAUCAGAUCAUAUCUGCCUCCUCUCCUUCUGUGGAUGUCCCCCGUGCCUCACCUGCCUUCCCCCUGCACUCCCCCAACCUCUCCUUACUCUCCCCUCAGCUCCUACCCUCCCCCAACCUUCCCCUGACUUCCCCAGCUGACCCUGUACUUAACCCCAAUCGUAACGGACAGAGACACAGGGGACCGGCCCAGGCUAGGCCCCAACAGGCCCAGCCCCAACAGCCUGCUAAGGUCACCCAGAACCUACAGACCCCCACGGGUACCAGCUUCCGGAGACCUUUGACCCCUACCGAGCCUCGCUCUCCUACACGCUCUGUCGUUGUCACGGCAGCCAGAAACACAACGUUGCCUCGCAGUCGCGUCUCUCUCUACUCCACCCCUAACGGCAUCAGACCUCUCUCUCUACCCAGGGACACCAACACCAACUCCUCCCUCACCUCCGACACACCAGGGGCCGACUGGGAGCACAAUAAGGGCCUUGCUCUUCCCAAACCUGCCGUCUGGUCCAGGAAGCGACUGGGCUCUCCUGCAGUUCUGCAACCCUUUCUUCCUGUCAACAAGAGGCCCAACCUGGUGGGGAAAUCAGGGGACAAGGAUAAGCUGAUGGACCUGAAGCAGGGAGACAAAGCGUCUAUCUUGAGGUCCUUCCCUCUAAUCACGGCUAAGCCCACCAAACAAAAGACCACAACCCUCACCCCGGCCUUGAAUGCCACGGGUGACAACUCCUCUGUGUUCAGCUCUCUCCCUACUUCGGAAGUGGACGCCAUGGGCAAGAAGCGCUUUGUAGCCCCUCAUGUGAUCUAUAAGACUGACAAGAAGCCAGACGAACCGUGUUCCAUAACAAAGUCCCUCAGCUUCUUCCCUGAGGAGGAGGGGGUGGAGCAGAACGUCACCGCACCCCCCCGCUUGCCCCCCUCCAACCUCACCGUGGUUACUGUAGAGGGAUGCCCCUCCUUCGUCAUCCUGGACUGGGAGAAGACCGACAACGACACCACAGAGUAUGAGGUCAUUUCAAGAACCCAUGGACCCAAUGGAGAAGAGGUGUCCAUCCUGACCACCAACCAGACUCACACUGCAGUGGAGAACCUAAAACCAGAGAACAGUUACGAGUUCAAAGUGAAACCCAAGAAUGAGCUUGGGGAAGGGCCUGCCAGUGAGCCAGUGUUGUUCAACACAGAGUCAGCGGACCCUCGGGUGAGUGAGAAUGUCUCAGGUAAAGAUGCUAUCUGGACACAGUUCCCCUUCAAAGCAGAUUCCUACUCGGAGUGUAAUGGGAAGCAGUACGUGAAGAGGACCUGGUACCGCAAGUUUGUGGGCAUUCAGCUGUGCAACUCCCUUAGAUACAAGAUCUACAUGAGCGACUCGCUCACCGGCAAGUUCUACAACAUCGGGGACCAAACAGGUCAUGGGGAGGACCACUGCCAGUUUGUAGAUUCUUUCCUGGACGGACAAACAGGCAGCCAGCUAUUGGCCGACCAACUACCCAGCCGAUCAGGCUUCUACCGGGCUAUGCGUCAGGAACCGGUCAACUUUGGCGAGAUCGGAGGGAACUCGCACGCCACCUACGUUGGCUGGUACGAGUGCGGAACACCCAUACCUGGGAAAUGGUAAGACCCCUCCACCAGAGGGGUGGCCAGGAAGAUGCCUGACUGGAAGAAUGAUGAUCUCACCAGGGUGAGAGGAGGACUGAGGAGGUUUCAGUGGCCCUUGAGGUGGGCUUCUCCCUCUUGUUACCAUGGAGACUGUGUCAGUAUGUUACCAUGGAGAUGCAUCCGUCUGUCUGUCAGAUGGUGAUGGCACACAUUCCAUUGUAUAAAAGUGUACAGGACCAUA